AUGAACGGACUGAGAGUCGCCGCGAAGGCUUGGAACCUGAAGUUGGCGAAUGUGGUGAAGAAGGUUGGGUUGAAUCAGUGCCCUACUGAGCCAUCGGUUUUUGAAGGAACCGUGAAAGGAAAACGGUUUCUCAUGCUCUGUUAUGUGGACGAUUUGAUCUUGUGUGGAAGCUCAGAUGCCAUUAAGUUGGUCACGGAUACUUUGAACCGCGAGCUCAAGAUCAAGGAAACGGGUCGCAUCACUCCGACUGGAGGAAGCAUUGUGUUCUUGGGAAGAGAGAUUGAGAGGCAUGGUGAACAUCUUAGGAUGAGAGUUCCAUCGAAAUACAUGGAAGGUUUGUUCGAGACAGACUUUUGCAAGGACCUGAAGGCGUUGAGUAGUCCUCCUGAUCUUGUGAAGAUCGUUGAAAAGGGUCGCGCUGAUCCUAAAAAGGAUAGCUUGUUGACGGAGGCUGCUGCGAUGCGCUAUCGAGCAGUUCUUGGAAGGAUUGCUUGGUGGGGCCAGUCUCGCCCAGACUUGGCUCGUUGGAUGUCUAUUCUUUCCCAAGGUCAGUCGAAGCCUACAGCGUGUUUUGAGCAUGCUUUGAGGCAAGUGAUUCGUUUCUUGAAAAGCCAGUAUCUUUGUUGGCAUUAUUAUGGUCCUGGGAGUGAGGUCCCAGACGGAGGAUCUGCCACGCUUGAUGUGUAUGCGGAUGCAAGUUGGGCACCGCAAGCUGAACUUAGUGCGAUUUUGACCGCUGUGCAAGAAAGUGAGGGAUUGGCAACUCUGAUUGGACAGUUGGAGAGGAUCCAAGAAGCUCAGACGCUCAAGGUCCUCUGGUGUCCUACAUCAGCUAUGGCUAUGGACGACAUGACGGAUUCUCAGGCGGAUACCCCGAGGGGAUCCAUGGAGGCACCGUACUGGUGCAAGCAGUGCAAAUGGCUUUUUAAGAACAACCAUUCCCACGGACUGGGAUGGACUGAUGAGUACAAGCCCCUGUGCGAGAAGUGCAACGGUGAGAUAAGUGUUUGGGGGUCCAAUGCCUCCCACGCCUUUCAUCUCCGAGAGGGAGAGAAGGAAAAGCGGUUUGCGAAAGGCAACAAAGGGGAAGGAAAAUCCUCCCAGUGGGUGCAAGGCGAUGGUGGAAAAGGUGAUGGCGCCAAUCAGGGUGAGAGCCCGAUGGCGAAGGCUGUGCCAAGGCCUGAUGGACCACCAAGCGUUGUGACGCUGUUUCCGGAGCUCAAUGGGAGUGAGGUGCCAGCUUGGUACACAGAGCUCUGGGGGAAGAUGGGAGUUCGAGGUGCCCCUCUGGACCAGAUGGAUCUCCAACCUUUGGUGGAAUCCUUGUCGGGUGAGGAUGUGGAGUUUUACAAGAAGAGCUUUGAGAAGCUCAGCCACCCGAACUUUGAUGUUUAUGAACAUGGGGUGCCGAUGCCUGGCAUAGUGAUGGCCGUCCUGGAUAUGAGAUCUCAGUACGGUGGAAAGUCGGUCAUCUGGGAGACUGCCAUGAAUGGAGGUUGCAUCUACGUUGAAAUGAGCCCUGGGUUGAGUGGUUUGGCAGUGCUCAUGUUUGUGCAGUACCUGAAGAGGAAAGGGUUCUUGGUGCUUAUCCUUUUGAGUGGGCACCAGGACCAAGGGAUAUUGCGCAUGUUGGAUCUGCUUUACACACUGCCCAUUUUGGGAGUGGAGAGAUGCACGAAGGAUGAUCUGGAGACCACUUCCCAUCCUCCCUGGGUGUGCCGGUGGAAAGAGCAUGCUCAGAAAGGCAACGUGGUGUUUGCGACUAUGUUGCCCAAGGUGUAUUGGAUGUCUGACUUGACAUGCCAAACCAUUAAGGUUUUCGACCCGAAGAUGAAAGAUCUCGGGAAGCCGUUGCCUUUGUGGGCCUACUUUGCCUACACCAACAACGAUGUGGUGAAGGAAAGCUUGAGUGUGGAUUGCGAUCACAUGGCGGUGAAGCUUCCAACUGGGGUGCUUGAGAGCAUCCGUGAGCCUGUGAUUUGGCAGUGUGACUGCGCGUGGCAUGUUGCCUCGGACUACGCCAGCCGGUUCAAUACGAACCUCCCGUGCAUCCUGUGGGAGCACAUCUGGAAGUUUUUGGGUGGGAACACUCAGAAGCUGGUGGAUGUUGAGCUCAGUGUGGAGCAAGCCGUGUUGGCGGCUGUUGCUGCUCACGACUUGGAGGUUGAAGCUGAGAAGAAGAGAAAGAGGCGAGCGGAACUGGAUGCAGCUGAGGAGGAAGCUGCAAAGAAGGCCAGGUUGGAGCAACCAUCUCCAAGUUCCCCGCCUGCUUCUCCGGUGUUUGAUGGUGCGAUGAUCGCACAGAUCGCUGAGAUGGUGAAUGCUCAGCAGGAUCAUCAGAUGGGCCAAAGGGUUGCUGAGUUGGAGCAGAUGAAGGAUGCAGCAAAGGAUCGCCGAUCCCAGGUGGUUGAAAAGGCCUCUGAGAAGGCUGAUGAGGCAAGGGGUGCAGCUGACCCGAAGUGA